GUCUUCUCGUUGAAAGCGGCGUCUGUAGGGCACACGCCUCGGCCGUUCUCGAGUCGGCUUUGGCCCCGCGCCCUGUCGUGAGGCUUCUGCCUCUGCUGCUGUCCCUGGGGAGGGGUAACCUUCUCAGCCCUCUCAGCGAUUGUUGAAGAAACUAUUCAGCCUCUGAAUUUCUCUUUUUGUUGCUGACUUACACACUUCUGUUAACUUUCUGAUAACUCGUAAGGCAAACUGCCCUUACUAUGCCAAAGCUGAGCUCCUGGCUGACUAUCUCCAGGCUAACUUGCCAGACUUCAGGGUUCACAAGAUUCUUCAGCACCCUGACAAAUGGGAGCAGUGGCUUCAUGACAUCUGUGAAAUGAACGGAUGGGAACACAGAGAGUCUCCUAUCAUUUGGAGAGAACUGUUGGACCGAGGAGGAAAGGGUCGGCUUCUAGGAGGAGUUAAUGAUUUUCUGGAACACGCUCAGCGCUAUUAUGGCAUCACCUCAGUGACAUCGAAUGAGGAAAUGUUAGAGAUUGCUGAGGAGAACCUGAAGGCAUAUGCUGAAAUUGAGAAAGAGGAGGAAGAGAUUAAAAAUCUUGUCAAGCCUUUGCAGAUCUGGAUCACGAGUGCAUCAUCUCCAAUCUGCUAUCAGCUGAUCCCUCUGUUGGCAAACGGCGAAGUGUUUGGGAUGACCACAGAAAUCAGCAUCCAUUUGUUUGACACUGACAAGUUUAAGGAAGUUCUUUGUGGUAUUGUAAUGGAAGCUGAAGACAUGGCAUUCCCACUCCUCCGGAGUAUUUCAGUGCACACUGAAAUACGUGAGGCUUUUGUUCAAGCUGAUGUUGUCAUUGUUCUUGAUGAUGUCCUCUUAAACCAUGAAGUCAAAUCGCUUGAGAACUGCAUUAGAGAAGUGAGUGAGAUUUGCCAAGUCUACGCUCCUCAGAUUGAGAGGAAUGCCAGGAGUGAGGUCAGAGUAAUUUCAUCAGGAAAAAAAUUUGUGAACCUUAAGGCAAUGCUGAUCAUGACAUACGGCCCAUCAAUUAAACCUGAGAAUGUCAUUGCCGUUGCAACAUCCUGGGAAAGUGUGGCCAAAGCCAUGCUAGCCAGAAAGCUGAAUAUGAACACAGCAGGUGUUAAAAAUGUAAUUGUUUGGGGCAAUAUUACUGGCCACAACUACAUUGAUUUGUCACAUGCAAAACUUUAUGGAUACGAUUGUGCUAUUUGGGGCCCAGAUGAUUUUCCACGUCCUUUGUUGAAUAUGAUUUAUGAUAGUGAAUGGGUCCAUUCAGAACUUCAGUCUGCACAGAGCUCCCUGACUUCUAGGGUCAGCCGCUAUGUAGGAAUGUUGCCUGCUCAUGCAGUAGCCACUGUACUGAGAUACUGGUAUCAUGGCUCUCCUCCUGGGGAGAUCAUUUCUGUGGGAGUACUUACUACAGGUCAGUUUUGUGUUCCUGAAGGAAUUGUCUUUUCUAUGCCAGUGAGGUUCCAGAAUGGUAGCUGGGAAGUCAUGACAGAAUUAGAAAUCGUUGAAACAACCCAAGAAGUUCUGCGCCGUUUAGCCCAUGAGCUGAUUCAGGAAAAGCAAAUUGCUCUAAAGAAAAUAGAAGAAAUGCAUCACUAGUAAAAAGUAUUCACUUCAAGAGAUGGAAACCUUGCCUACUGGUUCACUUUAGCCAGAGUUGUCUGGAGGAGAAAAUGCUGAAAAUUCCCAUACUCAAACAACAUUUCAGUUGCUCAAAAGAGUUAACUAUGAAGAAAGCCUAAAUAUUGUCAUAGCUUUUACACAGCUUUUCCUCAUCAAAAUCCUGGAAAUCUGUAGGCAGAAAAAUAUUUCAGAAACAGUGUGAGUGUAGCAUUCUUAAUCUGGAGAAUUUUGUUUCUUCAGACUAAUAAAUUGUUUCAAAAAUUUUG